UGGGGGCGUGGCCAUCGGGGCGGGUCCCCGGGGGUCCCGGCGCGGCGCCGUCAUGGCGGGGGUGUUCGACAUCGACCUGGAGACCGAGGAGGGCAGCGACGGGGACGAGCCCGAGCUGGGCGCCGAGAUGGAGCUGGAGCCCCGGGGAAACGGCCUGGAGCCGGUGGGACACUAUGAAGAGAUCGAGAUUUCCGAGAGCAGCGUCAACAAUGGCCCCGAGCACAUCGGCCCGCACUGCUUCGAGCUGCUCCGCGUCCUGGGCAAGGGUGGCUACGGCAAGGUGUUCCAGGUGCGCAAAGUGCAGGGCACCAACACGGGAAAGAUCUUCGCCAUGAAGGUCCUGAAGAAGGCCAAGAUCGCCUGCAACGCCAAGGACACGGCGCACACCCGGGCAGAGAGGAACAUCCUGGAGGCCGUCAAGCACCCCUUCAUCGUCGACCUCAUCUACGCCUUCCAGACGGGCGGCAAGCUCUACCUCAUCCUGGAGUGCCUCAGCGGUGGAGAGCUCUUCAUGCAGCUGGAGCGGGAAGGGAUCUUCCUGGAGGACACUGCCUGUUUCUACCUGAGUGAGAUCACGCUGGCGCUGGGUCACCUGCAUUCCCACGGGAUCAUCUACCGGGAUCUUAAGCCGGAGAAUAUCAUGCUCAACAGCCAAGGUCACAUCAAGCUGACGGACUUCGGGCUGUGCAAGGAGUCCAUCCACGACGGAGCCGUCACCCACACCUUCUGCGGCACCAUCGAGUACAUGGCCCCCGAGAUCCUGGUGCGGAGUGGGCACAACCGGGCGGUGGACUGGUGGAGCCUGGGCGCCCUGAUGUACGACAUGCUCACCGGAUCGCCGCCGUUCACCGCCGAGAACCGCAAGAAGACCAUCGACAAGAUCCUCAAGGGGAAGCUGGUGCUGCCGCCCUACCUGACACCCGACGCUCGUGACCUCCUCAAAAAGUUCCUCAAGCGGAACCCCAGCCAGCGGGUUGGGGGCGGCCCCGGUGACGCGGCUGAUGUGCAGAAACAGCCUUUCUUCCGCCACAUCAACUGGGAGGACCUGCUGGCGCGCAGGCUGGACCCCCCCUUCAAACCCUGCCUGCAGUCAGAGGAGGACGUGAGCCAGUUCGACACCCGCUUCACCCGCCAGACCCCCGUGGACAGCCCCGACGACGCCGCCAUCAGUGAGAGCGCCAACCAGGCCUUCCUGGGCUUCACCUACGUGGCCCCCUCGGUGCUGGAGAGCAUCAAGGAAGGGUUCUCCUUCCAGCCCAAGGUGCGCUCCCCCCGCCGCCUCAACAGCAGCCCCCGCACCCCCGUCAGCCCUGUGAAGUUCUCCCCCUUCGAGGCAUUCAAGCCGGUGGCCCCAGGCGACCCCAUGGAGCUGGGACCCCCCCAGGCCCCCCCACCCGAGGGCACGGCCCCACUGCCCAUCAAACCCUCGGGGGGGGCCAAGAAGCAGAAGGGGGGCCGGGGGCGGGUGCCCAGGUAG